AUGACACCCCAAAACCUCAUGCUCCUUCCUCUUUCAACCCCUAAAUUAUCCAUUGGAUGCCUAAUACUAGAUGACUGCUUGGGGGGUGGGAUACCCUGCAACUCCAGAACAGAAUUGGUAGGGGAGAGUGGUUCCCGGAAGACGCAGCUUUGUCUCCAACUUACGCUACGAGGUCAGCUCCCACCCUUACAUGGCGGACUAGGGGCCUCCUCCGUCUACAUAUUCACAGAAUUCAGCUUCCAACAACUAGGCAACCUUUAUCAUGCAUCGUACCCCAACAUAAUAAGGUUGGAGCCAUUGGAGGACAUAUAUGGUUGUGGUGUUCAUGAUGCUCAACAACUCAUCCAUGUCCUUGGAGACCUGGAAGCAUUUAUUGGCAUUGAUCACACCUGCCUACCAGUGAAACUCAUUGUCAUUGACUCCAUUGCUGCAUUGUUCCGAUCACAGUAUCAGACAACUCCGGCAGAUUUCAAACGGCAGUCUGAAAUGUUCUUCAACAUAUCUGGGAAAUUGAAGGGUUUAGCAAAUAAGUUUGGGUUGGCUGUGGUUGUCACCAAAUUACAGACCUUCAAAAUGAACUCUAUAUAUAUAGUGCAUGCCUUUCAAACACAUAGGACAUUUCACCUUGUAUUUGCCCCACAUGUGGCCUAUGCAUCGGCCGAAUUUGUAAUCACAAAAGAAGGUAUAGUCGGAGUAUCACGGUAA